UGUAAAUACCUAGCAACCAAACAUAUUAUAUAUUAAUAAGUAUAAAUUGAUCAUUGCAUAUUUCUCAAUACUUUAACAUUGGAAUUUAACAAUUUGAGGAUAUAAAAUGUAUCUAACCAGAAAAGUAAUGUACUCAAGUAAUUUUAUUAGACAGGAAACCAAACAAAUGAAAUUUUUCCAGUAUAAUAAUCAAAAAAAAAACGGGAACAAUCAAGAUUAUCUUAAAGAAAAUAUACAGAGGUAUAAAGACUGCAUUGAUGGUAUAAAAAUAAGACAGCAACCUGAUAAAUGUACAAAAAAAUGUGAUCUAGAAAAAAAAAAACAUAAUUUGAUAAAUGAUGAACAGAUGUUAAUACCAGAGGACAAAAUGAUGAAAGAUGCACUAAAAGAUUUAGAAGAUCAAAAAUAAAAUUUAAAAAUACCGUAAAAAAAAUAAUACAUUUAUUGAUAUUCAUUUAUGUACGAUGUACCU